AUAUAUAUAUAUAUAUAUAUAUACAUAUUCCCUUUACUGUAUUUUAUACAUAGUCCACUUCUACAUAUAAAAAUGAUUGCCAUAUCCUUUGUUAUGUUAUGACGUGUUUGUUGUUAAAUUUACAAGUCUCCAACGUAUUUCGUAUUUAUAUAUUAUUUUCACGUUGUAUCGACGUGAUCAGUCGAUAGAGAACAUAUGACAAGGCCAUUAUCCAUAAAACCUUUAUAAUCGAUUAUCUUAAACCCAGUAAAAAGACGGAAAUAAAGAGGUUCAAAGAUAUAUUUUAUGGCUAGUCAGUGUCGUAAAGUAUGUUAUCUAAACUGACUAGUUAUUGCAAUGGAUGCGUACGAUGGUGAACCCAAUGGUGAUCUUGUGCAGAUACUUGAUUGAGCUCUUUUAGCUAGGUUGUUUCCAUUAAAACUAACGAGGUGAAUGUUGGUGUCAAAUACAUGUAGAACUAUUUGUCGUGGGGAUUUAUCUACCACUACGCGCAAAAAGUUAUGCUCGGUUACCGUGCUGUCUUAACAGUAAUGAGGGACUAUAGUGUUAUCAUUUGGUAAGUACUUUGAUAGUUGUACGUUACUUUACUGUUCAAAACAAAAGAAUGCACUCCACUAAGCUAAAUUGUGUUUUCCCUGCGUAUCAUGUUGAGAGUAUUUGUCUAAGUGUUUAUUUAACGUUCAAACAAAAUUCUUAGCUACACCUAAUUUUGAUCAAUUUGAUCCAUCCAAAUAACUGAGUAUGUGGUUGUGACAAGUUAUUUUGAUAUGCUAACAAGUUGCACCGAUUCAUCAGCUUCCGAAGCCCCAUGCGUGUAAGGUUUUUAUAUUUUGUUCGUCUCUUCGGUUUUUUGGCGGUGCUAACAGCUUUUGUCGUACUGUGGAAAUUGGGGAAUGUCUCAUAUUAUUCGGGAUCUAAAAAGGGUUUCAACCGCAGUCAUGAAUCUGAUUACAACGGAAACGGCUUCAAAAAUGAAUAUGACAGAUUCACUCCUGAAUUUGAAAGAUUAAACUCAGACUCCUUUCGUUCUAUCCGGUGCAUAGUAAAUGAAAAAUUAAUACUUGAGUGCUAUUUGCUGAAAUCACAAGAAGUACUCAUACCAUUUGAAUUAGUCCGUAAUUAUUUUAAGGUUUAUGGUUCCCUUGAUUUAUCGUCUAGCACAUUUUAUUGGAAUCACGCCAAUGUUGACAUCCCAAAACCAUAUUUACAUAAACAUAAUCCUGUUGGUAUAUAUAUGCAAUUUCAUAAAUCCAAUGUAGAAAAACGAGAUAAUGUGAAAUUAAUCGUUGCAGAUGAAGGAGUACCAAUCAGUCAACAAUGGAGUUCUCGCGGUUAUCCAUAUCCAAUUCAAAUAGCACAAUUUGGCUUGAAUCAUUUCAGUCAAUUAGUAAUAUCAUCAGGUCAAGCGAAAUUUGAAAAUGUACGAAAUGUUUUGUUGUUGGACAAUAAAAAUAUGGAGUUAGAUCUUAUUGUUCCCAGUAAUAAUGUAAUUCAUCGUUGGGCUGAUAAAGAGUUUAUACAUAAAUGGAAUGACAGACUUAUGUUAUCAGUUGAUAAACUGAACUCCUAUGGUCAAGUGUUGUCAAUAAUCCCAAAGCUUCAAGAAUGGGAUUAUCUCAUUAUGAGUGGUCGUCAGUGGACAUAUGGAAGCCAUAUUGAAUUAUCACUUUUAUGGUAUCCUCCAGGUGGAAGUUAUAAGAAUUACCCUACAAAAAGUUUAAUUGUAUACAAUUGUUCAUCAUCUCCAAGUAGACAUCAAACCUAUGCCACUAUCAUUCAUAAUAAUAAAGUCACAUAUUGGAUGCCUGAAUGUGAAAAACAAGCCAAGAUAUAUGGAUUUGUUGAUAAUAUCAAGGUAGCACGUGAUCUUUACACUGAUUUAAUGAAAGUAUUCUACGCAAAUCGAAAGUCAUCGGAAUAUACUGGUUUAAGUAGUAUGAAAUUAUUGAAUACUGUUAAUGAUACUAAAAAUCCAUCUCAUGUACAAGUAUUAAAUAUAAACUUCUAUAUUAAUGCCCAAUAUAACACUAAUGAUAUCAUCAUAGAAAAAUUAUACCUUGGUAAAUUAACCAAUUUACAAUUAACAUUUCCAACUGUAAAUGGAAUAAACUUGGCAGAGAAAUUAUUUCAUGAAAUACGUUUUAUAUCUGCUGCUGAUUGGUUUAUUAAGCAUCAAGAUAAAAAGACUGGUGGUUGGUCUGUUAAUGUUCAACGUUCAUUGAAUGGUAGAAAAGCUCUAAAACCUGGAUGGUAUUCUGCUAUGGGUCAAGGUCAAGCAAUUUCGCUUCUAGUUAGAACUUAUAAUUACACUGGGAACCCAUUAUAUUUGGAAGCUUGUCAUCGUGCUUUAGAUUUGUUUAGUGUAAAUAUAAAUCAUGGAGGUAUUCGUUCGUAUUUCCUCAAUCAAUCCGAUUUAGUAUGGUUCGAAGAGUACCCGUUUGAUCCUCCAAUUCAUAUAUUAAAUGGGUUUAUUUAUUCACUCAUAGGUUUAUAUGAUUAUACCAAAUUAUUGGUGAACUCUCCAGAUCCUUUGACUUUAUCCUAUCUUUCGAAAGCUCAAAAUUAUUUAGAUAUAGGAUUAACAAGUUUGUCCAAAUUGCUCCCGCUAUUCGAUUCUGGUAGUGGGAGUUUCUAUGAUCUUCGUCAUCUUUCAACGGCCUAUAAUAAUAAACCGGUAAAACAGGGUCGAUCUAAAUUUUCUAAAAGUUAUUUUCAAUUAUCCACUGGACCCAAUCGAGCUCGUUGGAGUUAUCAUUCUGUGCACAUUAAACAACUUCAAACUUUGGUUGAUUUAGAUCCAAAACAUGCUAUUCAAUGGAAUACUACAGCUAAUCGAUGGAUUGCUUAUCUUCAAGGUUUCAGAUCUCUUCAAAAUUAAUAUGCUUACUUUUACAAUCGAAUUACUUUCAACAUCUUUGUGUUUUAAGUCGGAUUCCAAUCAUUUACACUACUGUUACAUAUAUUCAUAUACCAGCCAGUAAUUUGCAUUUAUUUUGAUAUUAGUCGUUAUACAUUAUAUGUAUACAAUAUCCAAGUGAUUAUUGGGAAUUACAUGUACUUUCGUUUUCUUAUUUAGUAUUCACUUAAAACAAUGCUUAAACUUUUAAGAUUAAGAUAAGAGACACACCCAGUUAUCUACUGGAUAAUUUGUAAGAUUCUUAUUGAUGGAUCACUUCAAUGUUGGUUUACUGUUUUAUAUUUUAUGACUAAAUAAACUUCCAUAGUUUCUUUUGGUGUUUUCUACUUAUGGCUAAUAAUAAUAUUGCAUCGACUUGUCCCCACACGGCUUUUGUAGAUAUGGACGACCUUUUUUAACAGUGAUUCCUCGAUCAAAGAUUUUUCAGUUGAGAAACAUUCAACUUUACGAGAGAUUUUUACAAGUAACUCCUAUUGCUGAAAACAUUGGUUCACUGGUUAUACACGUGUUCAGAUAUUAUCGCUAUUGUAUAUAGACUGGGAAUUCCAAUGUCUUGUUGAACAUAAGUGUUUUUUCGCCAAACAAUAGUGAACUGAGUUGUAACCCUAAUUUGUAGUAAUGUUUAACGAAUUUACAUUUUGUUGUAAACAUGAUGCGUAGUAAACCAUUCAGUUAAUAUUA